CUUGUCAACCCUUUUGGUGGUUCUUUUCCUCUCUGCAAUCGAGAAAUUACCUUCAAUACUUUAUGGAAUGGCACCUCAGGAAGAAAUGGUAUUCUUUCACGUUUUCAUAGCAACACAUCAGAUCGAACCUCACAUCCACUUCCUUUUCUGGCUUGUGGACCAGGAACUGGCAAAAGCAGAUUCCUUGAAGAAGUGGAAAGAUUGUUGGUAGCAAGAGCCAGUAAAUCUGACAAUGAAAGUGUUAAGAUGGCUUUCUCCAAUAUAGUUAUGGUAAAUACUACAUAUGGAAAUGGAACUCCAGCAAGCAAAUUUGAUGUGGAAAUUGGAGGAGAAGCAUCAUUAGCUGUUCGACUCAUUUAUCAACAUUUCAUCAGUUGUAACAAUCCAAAGAUUAGUUUUGGAGACUUUAUAAUGAAUGGAAAUGUAGGCCUCCUCCGCUUAACUACUGCAAUAAAUAUUGUGCUUUCAGAAAUGACAUCAAACAUUCAUGUAUUUGUUCUUGGUAUUGAUGAAAUAAAUUUACUUUACUCAUUUGAUCAACAAACUCUUCGUCAAGUAGUACAUGUGAUUGGUGGACUUUCUUGCAUGCGUUGGAAUAUAUUUUUCAUACCAAUUCUAUCUGGAACUAUCCAAGGUCCUAUGGAGGACCUUGUACAAGAAUCAACUUAUCUGCUUUUACAACUCCCACUACCUCUCCUUCCUGAUAAAGACAUGUUGUUCAUUGCCAGUUCACUUGGAUUUCCUAAUGAGUAUAUCUUGAAAAAUAAUGUAUUUCGACGCUGUCUUGCUGAUAUUGGUGGAAUGGCUCGAGCUAUGGAGUUCUUUUUCCAUCUCAUCAUUGAACAACAAACCCGCAAUAAGAAUGACUUGGAAAUUACUGACAAAACACAAAUCAACUUGCUAAAUUGUGUUGAUAUUGUGGAGGUAAUGGGUAAACUGAUGAUAGAUUUGACAGAAAAAUACCCUUUCAAAACAUAUUCACAAUUUGCAAUGCCAAUGCUGGCCAAUGCUAUUUUGGAAAAAUCA